UGCACUGAUCAGGUUGCUGUUACGGUAACCUCUCGAACCAAGCCUUGAUCACAAUGCGAAAUGUCCCCAUUAUGCAGAUAUCAAUGUUUCAUGUUGACAGUGGCAGAUAGCCCAGUCAAUGACGUUGAGUAUGACGGGGGAGGGGAGGGCCAAGACAAGUUUAGCUGUAUUGGGCUUUUCUAGCUUUCCUGACGGUUGGAAUUAUCGGCAGCGCUUAAGCCAGCCUGGCGCCGUUGGCUUAUCGCUGCUAGUGGCAUGGUGCUGGGUGUCUAGCUACCUAGCUAGCUACCUAGGUACCUACCUAGGUAGGUAGGUAAUAGGAUUGAGGUACGUAUCCAAGGCGGCCCCUCUCAAGGCCGCACAGGUACAGUCGGAAAUGUCGAACAGCACAGGUUUGGGGUGCAAAGGGUUCGUAGAGGCCUAGACUCAUCCGUCAAGCACGACGGCCCAAUACGCUCCUAAGAGAGCUUUCGCAACGAGCAACCUCACGUUGAGGGGUGACUAAAACUCCGCAUGAUGCCUUGGUAAUGUCUCCC